CGAUUCACUACACUGCUUCGGGAUUUCGCAGUAGCUCCACUGAGGGCGCUCAGAAAGUCUGGCAGCUUGCCUCUUCUCGUCAGCCUCCCCUCUUAAGCUUGAACCCAAAGCUCUCCCGGAUACACACACGUCCUCCUACACGACUGCCGCGCCAUGGCAGUCUCGGUAUGGCUCACGCUGCUCGCCAGCAUCCCUCUGCUGUUCUACCUCUAUGUCCGUGCGAACGACGCCAAGAUUGCGCAGCUCCCGCCUGAGGCUGUUGCGUUCUCUCCCAAACGCUGGACCUCAGAGGAUGUGAGACAGACCGCGAGGUCUGCGGCUCUUACGAGUCCAUCGGUAUCCUUGUUUUCGCCAGACGAGCUCCCGCCUAAGACGGGGCGGAGGUAUGUUGUGGUUGGCGGGGCAGGCUUCUUGGGCGGGUGGAUAGUCCUACACCUCAUCGCGCGCGGGGAGGACCCCCGCCGUAUCCGAAUCCUCGACAUCCGUCGUCCUAUUCGUCAAGAUCUCCUCGAAGGGCCUGCGACCCAGGUAGACUUUUGCCAAGUCGACAUCUCAAAUGCCGCUGCUGUCGAGGAGGCGUUCCGUAAACCCUGGGCAGACCGCCAUGACGACCCCGAGCCCGAGCUCACUGUCUUCCAUACAGCGGCCAUCAUCCGCUUCUACGAGCGCGAGGAAUCGCUUCAGCCGUAUUCGGAUAGGAUCAACGUCUCUGGGACGCAGAACAUUAUCGCGGCUGCGCGUAAAGUAGGGGCGUCCACGUUCGUUUACACGUCCUCUGGUUCAGUCGCAGUCAGGAGCAACCGCUUCUUCCGUUGGCCUUGGGAGGGUCCACCAAAGUUCUUCGUACAACCCAUCAACGAUGAUGAUGAAUUAGUGCCAAAACGGCACGAAGACUUCUUCUCAAACUACGCCCAUUCUAAGUGGAAGGCCGAGCAGUUCGUGCGUGGUGUAGAUCGUUCUCCCUCCGGCAACGGCGUCAUGCGUACAGGCUGCAUUCGUCCAGGAAAUGGUAUCUACGGCCCAGGCGGUGACCUCAUGCUCGACGCAUACAUGCAUCGGAAGCAGAACCCGAGCUGGAUUUGGAACAUCCUCCAGUCCUUCAUUUAUGUCGAGAAUUGCUCCGUCGCGCAUCUCGCCUACGAGCAGCGCCUCAUCGAGCUCGCGCGCGGCAGCACGCACCCGGACAUCGGUGGGCAGGCGUUCUGCAUCGCGGACGCUGGCCCCCCGCCGACGUAUGGGGAGAUCUACCGCGGGAUGACAGAGCUCACGGGCGGGGAGGUGACGUUCAUGCGACUCUCGGCGACGGCGAUGCUCGCAUUCGCGACGCUGAUUGAGGCGUACUACCUCGCUCGGCAUGCGAUUCUGCGCUUUCCGCCGCCAUUCUCUGCCCUUGCGAAGCUCGUGCCAGCGUUGGGCGGGGACAUCGUCUACCUCCAGCCGUCUAUGUGGUCCCUGACGCAGGUGCACCUCAUCUUUGACGACUCGCGAGCUCGCGCAUCGCCAGCCCAGGGUGGUCUAGGCUACGACGGGCACGUCACGACGCUACAGGGUAUGUGCAAGGUCGUCGUGGAGCACAAGAAGAACGGAAGCAAGACGCAGAAGCGGGUCAUUGCUGGCCACCAUACGCCGGAUCACCACUUCGAUCUGACUAGAGCGGAGAAGGGCGUGGAGGAGGUGAUCGAGAAACUCGGGGGAGGGCACAAGCCGGACACGAAGUCACAGGUUGCAGAGUUGCAGUAUUGAUUGUGGUCAUUCGUGAUGGCCGUGGAUUGCAUGUAGGAUUGGAUUUGCACGCUAUCGUUUGUGUACAUGUGGAAUCAAGGACCUGACUCGACGCGUUGCAUGGCUCUAUCGCUGUAGAGACCCUUCACGUUGUUACCUUUUG